AUGCCUGUCGUCCCCGAUCCCUCUAGUUUCCCAUCGACCUCGAACAAAAGUGAUGAGCCACGGAACAAGCGUGACGAGGGCGAACAGCGACAGAAAGCCUCGGCCGUUGAUCAUAUGUCCAAGGGACCCCAGAUCCCAGAUGAGAUGCCACCCAAGGCUUCGAAGGAAGAGAUUGAAAGUAGGAAGAAAGAGCUCAACAAAUCCAAAGACCUGGAUCUCUGA